UGCAGCAAUAUUGGCCUCAGUCAGCCAGGAUUGAUCGCCGGAAUAAGGGCAUUUGUUAUAACAAUCUCUCUUGGCCAUCUAUUCCACAUUGUGUAGAAAUAAAGUGGACGCUUAAUUUUACUAUUGGUUUCCUUCCAUUUCCGUUUCCAUAUCGUGUUCAACAAUAACUUGGGACUAAAGAAGUGUCUUAGAUUUCAAGGAAGAAUAAAUUUGGAGUAAAACAGCACAUCUCUAAAAUAUAAAGGUGUUCAAAAUUAUUAGAAGCAAACCUUAAAUGACAAUGCUAUGUGAUUUGCACAUAGGAAGUAAAACCAAUUGUUUAUAAUGUUGCACGUACAUAUGGAGAAGGAAUAUCCAUCAAGCACGGAGUUGAAUACGGAUUGGGAAGGUUCCCAGGCGUCUCUUAGGACCGAUGGAAUGAGUUUUCACGGUUCUAAUCAAAGUCUGCAGAUGUCGUCUGCUUCGCCGCGUCUGAGUCCGAUCUCUAAUGACACAACGUCACCCUAUCUGCUGAGAAAAGUCAGCGCAGACCGUGAAAAGCAUGUACGACCCGGUGCCCCAUCUGAGCCCAAUGAAUACAAUUUCAACUACCGACGGCGUGGUAUCUUUCUGAUAUUCAACAACAAGCAUUUCCACGAAAGUAUGGGUCAAAAAGAGCGUGAAGGAACUGACGUUGACGCUGAACGGUUAGAAGAACGCUUUCAGGACACGGGAUUUGAUGUGCGCAGAUAUAAUGACGUCACAUGUGCCAGAAUGACGAAAUUAAUGGAUGAAGUAGCCUCUGCUGACCAUUCUGACUGUGAUUGCUUCGGCUGUGCCGUGCUAAGUUACGGUCGGGAGGGCUAUGUAUACGCUACAGACCGACCAGUGCCUCUCGAGACACUCACGUGGCCUUUCAAAGGGGACAGGUGCCCUACUCUAGUCGGGAAACCAAAGCUUUUCUUCAUUCAGGCGUGUACGGACAGACGGUCGGAGAAAAGUGGGCAGCACCACAGGGACUUAUCCCCAAGCAGACGAGAAUCUGGAUGCAGACGCAUCCCUGUAGAAGCAGAUAUUCUCUUCUCAUACUCAACUGUGCCUGGUUAUUAUUCGUGGCGAAAUCACCAAGAGGGAUCAUGGUAUAUACAAGCACUAUGUAUAGUGUUGGAAAACUAUGCCAACAAAAUGGAACUGGUGCAAAUGCUCACCCAGGUCAACCGCAUGGUGGCCUAUGAGUUCGAAUCCUGCUCGGAUGAGGAAUUUACAGAAAGUCAAAAACAGAUGCCUUCAAUAACAUCUAUGCUCACGAGAUAUGUGCACUUUAGGCCCAAGAAGCCGGAUAUCCGUGGAUGAGUAUUACUCGAACUUUGGAGGAAGCAAAACCUAUUUUCGAAGGCGUGACUGAUGGAGACAACUUUGAUUGAAAUGAACACAUAGCAAGAGUAUCACCGAGGGCACAAAACUAGAUGCAUUUUGUCUCCGUGUCUGACAUGUCAUUUCUAUUCAUUUAUCAUUAGAAGAAGAAAAACAGCCAUUCUGUCUGCUACUGAUGUUAAAUUAAAUUUCGAAACGCAUUAAUGAUGAUUGAUUAACGAAAUAUUCAGGAAAUACGCUUCAUUUGUCUUGACAUUUUCGAGAUAAAAUGUUGGAAAAGAAAUUUAUUUCAACUUAAUUAGUUAUUUUUAACCAAAGUUAAGUGUUUUGUUUAUUUCAGAUGAAGGUUUGCAACUUUUCAUUAUGUCUAUUUUCAAAAGAAUGUAAUGGGCAUUUAACUAAAUUAAUAUACAAUUUCUGAACACAACAACAAUUUAAAGAGAAAAGCCCGGAAGCCUUAAUUAUAACUGGAUUGCAUUUAACAUUUAACUUGUGAUGGUAAUGAGUAUUUAUAAAAUUACAAUUUAUCACUGGAAAUAAUAAACAUCUCUAUGCCAUGCUAUGUAUAUGUGUCAAUCUAUGUAUGACACAUAC